UAAAAAAAAAAAGACCUUCUUUACUUCGUCAAAUAUACUUCCUUUUUUACGCGGUAAUCUCAUCUGAAAUCCGACCAUCCUCUCAAUAAUCCUUCAUUAUUUCGUUCUCAAGAUCAACAAAUAGUUUCAGUGAAUAUUGGUUGCUGUAUAGAGUUGAUAGGGAAAGAUGUGGGCAGCUGGUUGCCUGGCUUCUUGCUGCGCAUCAUGCGCAUGCAGUGCAUGCCAAACUGUUGUGUCCGGGAUUAGUCGUCGGUCUGCUCGUAUUGCAUAUUGUGGUCUCUUUGCUCUCUCUUUGAUUGUCGCUUGGAUUCUAAGAGAAGUUGCUGCACCGCUAAUGGAGAAGAUCCCUUGGAUUAACCACUUUUAUGAAACUCCUGAUAGGGAGUGGUUCGAGACAGAUGCUGUUUUACGAGUUAGUUUGGGGAACUUUUUGUUUUUCUCGAUCCUAUCCCUUCUAAUGGUUGGGGUGAAAACCCAAAAAGACCCACGAGAUAGUUUGCACCAUGGUGGAUGGAUGAUGAAAGUCAUUUGCUGGUGUCUUUUGGUAAUCCUUAUGUUUUUCCUUCCAAAUGAGAUCAUCAGCUUUUAUGAGUCUACAUCGAAAAUUGGCUCUGGGCUAUUUCUCCUUGUUCAAGUGGUGCUCUUGCUGGACUUUGUACAUAGCUGGAAUGACAAAUGGGUUGGCUAUGAUGAGCAGUUCUGGUAUGCAGCCUUGCUUGUUGUUUCACUCGUGUGUUAUGUGGCAACAUUCUCGUUCUCCGGACUUCUGUUCUAUUUGUUUACCCCAUCUGGGCAGGACUGUGGUCUCAAUACGUUCUUUAUUGUAAUGACCCUCAUUCUUGUGUUCGUGUUUGCUAUAAUCACAUUACAUCCCACAGUAUGUGGCAGCAUUCUUCCAGCAUCCGUUAUUUCUUUUUACUGCAUGUAUCUUUGCUAUAGUGGGCUUGCAAGUGAACCGAGGGAUUAUGCUUGCAAUGGUCUCCACAAUCAUUCUAAAGCUGUUAACACUGGAACACUUACUGUUGGGUUGCUCACAACUGUGCUCUCGGUGGUCUACUCUGCCGUGAGAGCUGGAUCUUCUACCGCUUUGCUUUCCCCGCCAGACUCACCCCGUGCAGGUGGUGAGAAACCGUUGCUACCACUAGACAAGAGAGACGAACAUGAAGAGAAAGAGAACAACAAGCCUGUCACAUAUUCAUACUCUUUCUUCCACAUCAUCUUCUCCCUUGCUAGCAUGUACUCGGCAAUGCUUCUUACAGGGUGGUCAACCUCAGUUGGUGAGAGUGGCAGGUUGGUGGAUGUUGGGUGGCCUUCAGUGUGGGUCCGGAUUAUAACCUCAUGGGCAACUGCAGGUUUGUUCAUUUGGUCAAUGAUUGCCCCUCACCUCUUUCCCGAUAGGGAGUUCUGAGUUCAAGCGAAAUAUUCCACAAGUCAUUGUAAUAUGUAUGUAUUUGGUUGUCUGUCACACUAUGCGAAUUAUGCUUGAAGUUUGUGUACUGACAUUUACUUUAACGUGAUGGGGUGAAUAAAUCUUUGAUAAUAAAAUUGUAAUGAAAUUGUUUUUAUUUC